AUGAAGUUAGAAAAGAACAGUGAUGUUGAAAGCAAAACAAGAUGCUCCAACCAGACCUCCCAGCUGUUUUCUGAGGAAGCUGAGUGCGCUCUUGACAGAGGUAUUUCAGGAGAAGCUAAGCACUCUGUCUUUGAUCAGGCAUGUUCUGCCAAUGUUUCAGAAUUAAGGUUGUCAGAAGAAAACCUACCUUAUUUAAGUUCAUCAUUAGAUGCAGAUAUUGAAAUGUAUAAUAAAAAGAGAAUGAGGAUUUGCUGUGCACAGGAAGAUGAAAGCAAAGAAGCUGAUAUAUUGGGAAGGAAAUGUGACAAUAUGCACUGUGAUUGUGGAGUGUGUGACAGUUGCAGGCAGAGCUGUUCAAGUGAAGAUUCACAGCUGGAGUAUCACAGUGCCCACGAGCAAGAUUUUGAUUAUAAGAAUUGCUCAAGUGAGUUUUCUGAGCAAAGGGAAAUUAUAGAAGCAGAAACUUUAAAGCUGAUAGAUCCAGUUCAUGAAGUUCUAGAGGGUGGAGUCACACAGGAACACGGUCUCACUGGAGCGUCACAAGAUCGUUCUGCUUCUGAAUAUGGUGCAGGUGACCAGACCCACCCUAAAGCAGCAAUGCCUGAGCUUGCUGACCAGCUUCAGGACUCUCUGUCUCUGCCAGAUUCCAAUGACAUGACUUGCAAUCAUCAGGAAGAGCAAACAGAGUAUCAUAGUGUUGUUUGUGAAAGUCUGCUGGGAAGUCAUUUUUGCAGGAGAAAAGAAAGAGGCUGUCUAGGUCUGCACGUAUGUGACAGUGUAAAAAAUGCAGAAUUCAAAGACAUCCCACCGAGUGGUGAAAAGAAAGAUGGACACAUUUGUAGCAUCUCAGUGAAGCAAGGUGGUCCUUUACUGUCACCAAGGGAGAGGACCCCUGCAGUAGCCAUGCAGUUGUACAAAUGUGCAGGUCACCCUGAUACCUGCAGUUGUGAAGAACUGGGGGUGUGUGUGCAGGGUGACAGCUGUGUUGACUGCAUUGCAAAGGGUGUUGAAACCCAGUUUCCAAUUUCUGAAAUUCUCACUAGUGAGAACUCCUUUUUGGGGGUGGAAGUUGUGGAUAAAUCCCUUCAUGGAUAUACCAGCUGUCUGAGCUCAGAGUUGGAGUGUGGUGAAACCUUGAAGCACGUUUAUAGGGACUUUGCAGUUAGCCAGGCUGUCGAUGUAAGCUCGGAUUUUAGAGCUUGCUUUACAACAAGCAGAAGUACCAGUGCUCAGGUUUGUCUCUUAUCCAGAGCUGUUAAUACAGAGAUAACAAUGAUGAGCAAAUCUCGAACCGUGGAUUGUCACCAUGAAGUCCAUACGGACAUUGCUUGCAAUACAGAGUGGUCAUGUGGAGCCAGUGGUACAGAGAAAAUUUGGUCACAGCUUACUGAGGUGCUGGAAGAACACUCAGAUGGCAAUGCUGCAACAGCUGAAAGAAAGUCACAGACUCAGGAAGAGAAGGCAUCACAAAAUGAGUUUUGUAACUGCAGGUUAAAGAGAAAUACUGACAGGCUGAUAGACCUUGACAGGCAAGCUGUGAAGAAUUCUGUAUCAAGCCUAUGUCAGAAGUUGCUACAGAGAGCAACUGAAGCAGAAUUGCAGAUUCUAAAGACCCAUUAUUACAUGUGCUAUCAGCACUGCUUGAAAAUUUACAAACUGGCUUUGGAGGAAAACAUCUGUUUUGGCAGAUGUAUCCAAAAUACUGAAUUACUUUCAUCUGUCAAAUUGGUUUUGGAAGAACUCAAGAAGAAAUACAACAGUAUGAGAAUGCAUAUAAGCAAAGGUGUACCAUUAAAUGCUCUUCCACCUCUAUCAGUUGAGAUUAAGUUACUCCAAAUCUCUUCUUCUUUUGUCCCCUCCGAGUUGUUCAGACAGAAUCUUUGCUAUGAUUCACAGACUGUGUGUUUCUCUGAUGGCCGUCAUCCACAUGACUCUACUUCCUCUAAGACAUUUGAAGAACAACACAAGGAUCUGAAUGUGGAAUGCAGCACUGAAAAGGAUGAUUAUUGGUUUGAUGCUAAGGAGGAUUUGACAGCAGCAGAUAGUUCAGUAAUAUCUGAAAAAACAAAAAAGCAACAAGAAAACCAAGACACAGCUGAUUUAAGAGAUAUGAAGAUAAUGGAGAGUAGAAAUGAGGACUUUAUUCCUGUUAGUGGUCCAAGUUUCUUAGUGUCGGAGGGUGACUUAAAUUCAAAUUUCCAGAAGUAUCAGAUUUCAGACACCCUUUCCUCUGUGGCUUCUAUUAACUCCAGAUAUGUAGUUCUUUCUUGUAAGGACACUAAUAAAGCAAAGUUAGCUGUAGAGGAAAUGAAUUAGAAAACAAUAAAAGGAACAUGAAUAAGUGUGGAACUUUUAGAUACUGGAGAAAACUUCCUACAGAAUACAUUUGCUCCUUUCUCCUCUAAUUCACAUGAUGCCUUUGCUUCACUCAGUACACUGAACUUGAGCAGCUUUUCCAAAUUACUGAAGAAACUUAAAGAAUUACAUCCAGAGGCUAGCAGAGACAAAAUUGUGGAUGCUCUGCUAGAGGUGAAGAAAAACAACAAGGGUAUCCUGAGUGGCUUGUCCAUCAGUUCUAUUGUGGAAAGGACCUCUGUAAUUCUGAGGAAAUCAACCCCCAGUUUAGAUGGCUUUCUGAUUGUGAAGACUCUGGUCAUCGCCCUUGGGAAGAUUUUUGCAAAUUCAUUACUGCAACUUGUUCUGGGAUCAUAUUCUUACGUCCUGGGGAGCAGAACAGAGCAGCGACGGGCUUGGGGGAGGAUCCCACCCCACAGGCGGGCUGGCUGCAAGGCAGUGGAGAUGGCGCUGCUCCCGCGGCGAUUCCUCUGCUUCGUGCUGGCACAUCACUUCAUCGCGGCGACAGCAUGCCAGGAGGCAGACUACGGCUGGAUGAUCCGGCACUACUGCCUGAAGCAGUUCCAGCUCAGCAUGGAGGGCAUCGGGCAGCGGCUCUGGUGCGACUGGGAUGAGACUGUGGGCACCUACGGGGAGCUGACGAACUGCACGGCGCUGAUCGCCGAGAGGCUCGACUGCUACUGGCCCAACCGGCUGGUGGAUGAGUUCUUCGUGGCCGUGCACAAGCAGUACUUCAGGAACUGCUCUCCCUCUGGCCGGGCGCUGCACGACCCUCCCAACAGCAUCCUCUGCCCCUUCAUCUUGCUGCCUGUCCUCGUCACCCUGCUGAUGACCGCGCUGGUGGUGUGGAGGAGCAAACGCAGCGAGGGCAUCGUGUAGGGACGUCCUGCCACCACUGUAGGGGUGGGAUGGGGAGACCACCCUCUCAGAACAUGCCUGGGGUUUUUGGGAAACCCUGGCAGAGGGGCAUCCUGUGGUCAAGGUUCCAAGCCCUGGAGGCAGAGACAGCAAUGCCACCACUCCUCCCUCACCCAGUACCCUCCGCACCACACAUGUGCCUCUUGCCCGGUGGUUUCCAAAUGAAUCCAUUUAAGACACGGCUGCUUGGCGAGGCCUUCACGGGCUGUCUCGGUGGCAGGAAGCCCUCUCAGGGUACUGGGCAGCACAGCUCACUCCGGGCAGUGGCAUCUGCCUUUGCCAGAUGGUUCCCUCCCAGCACCCACUCCCAGCAUCGCAUGCCAAAAGAGGAAAAACAUUAAAGAAAACAGAAGCGAUUAGAAAAGAGGGUGGGGAGGGUGAAAUGCUGCUGCUGGGCCCUGUGGUGCUGGCCUGGCACUGGGAAGUGCCAGCGGGUGUGAACUGCAAAGUCUGUGGGUCGGGGCAACAAAACCGCCACAGCUUCCCCUUCCUGCAUUGGUUUUUUCCACACUAGGAAAGGCAUCUUCUCCCCGAAGCCCCCAGCACAAGGAGCAGGCCUGCAGGGGGUGGGUGCUGCCUGUGAUGGGAAGCAGUGGGUGAAAGUCAGCAGUGACACCAGUGGUGGCCUUGGCAGUGCCCUGGGGCUAACAAGCAACGGGAAUAAGGUGCUCUUUCUACCUAAAUAAAUACAGACAUAAAGCA